UUUGCAUUGCGCAUGGGCCCUCCCCGCCGGGUGGCCAUGUUGCAGUGCUAGCAGGCAGCGCAGAGGCGGCGGGCGGCAGCGCAGCGCAGACACCGCACCGCGAUGGCCGUGGCCGUGGGCAGACCGGCGAACGAUGACCUCAGGAACCUGUCCCUGUCCGGCCACGUGGGCUUCGACAGCCUCCCGGACCAGCUGGUCAACAAGUCAACAUCACAGGGCUUCUGCUUCAACAUCCUGUGUGUGGGUGAAACCGGCAUCGGCAAGUCCACGCUGAUGGACACACUGUUCAACACCAAGUUCGAGAGCGAGCCCGCCACGCACAACGAGCCCGGCGUCAGGUUGAAAGCGCGGAGUUACGAGCUCCAGGAGAGCAACGUGCGGCUCAAGCUGACCAUCGUGGACACGGUGGGCUUUGGUGAUCAGAUCAACAAGGAUGACAGCUACAAGCCUAUAGUAGAAUACAUCGACGCGCAGUUCGAAGCCUACCUGCAGGAAGAGCUGAAGAUCAAGCGAUCCCUGUUCAACUACCACGACACACGGAUCCAUGCCUGCCUCUACUUCAUUGCUCCCACAGGACACUCGCUCAAGUCCCUGGACUUGGUCACCAUGAAGAAACUUGACAGUAAGGUGAACAUCAUCCCCAUCAUUGCCAAGGCUGACACCAUUGCAAAGAACGAGUUGCACAAGUUCAAGAGUAAAAUCAUGAGUGAGCUGGUCAGCAACGGCGUGCAGAUCUACCAGUUCCCGACCGAUGAGGAGACGGUGGCCGAGAUCAAUGCCACCAUGAGUGUCCACCUUCCUUUUGCCGUGGUUGGCAGCACCGAGGAAGUGAAGAUUGGCAACAAGAUGGCAAAAGCCAGGCAGUACCCCUGGGGUGUCGUGCAGGUUGAAAAUGAAAACCACUGUGACUUUGUGAAGCUGCGGGAGAUGCUGAUCCGAGUGAACAUGGAGGACUUGCGGGAGCAGACGCACACCCGGCACUACGAGCUGUACAGGCGCUGCAAGCUGGAAGAGAUGGGCUUCAAGGACACGGAUCCGGACAGCAAACCUUUCAGCCUCCAAGAGACUUACGAAGCCAAGAGGAAUGAAUUCCUGGGUGAACUCCAGAAGAAGGAGGAUGAAAUGAGGCAGAUGUUUGUCAUGCGAGUGAAGGAAAAGGAAGCAGAGUUGAAGGAAGCAGAGAAGGAUCUUCAUGAAAAGUUUGACCAUUUAAAGAGGACUCACCAAGAAGAGAAGAAAAAGGUGGAAGACAAAAAGAAGGAACUUGAGGAAGAGCUGAACAACUUUCAAAAGAAGAAGGCAGCAGCUCAGCUAUUACAGUCACAGGCUCAGCAGGCAGGUUCUCAACAAACCAAGAAAGACAAGGACAAGAAAAACUUCUUCUUUAUGUAACCGUCACCUUGCCAAAGCCCCCACACCCUCUCUCCCAGUGGACCGCAGGGCACUGGAAGAGCUGCGGAUCCGGGCACCCCUGCCAGGAGAAGAGCCAUCUCAUUCCUCCAUCACGUCUGCCCUCCUCUCCUUCCCCCUUUGUUCCCACCCGUGCGUCUGAGGGUGUGCUGUGCUGUGUGUCUGUGCGGGAUCUGCCCGCUCCCGGCGCGCCUCCGACAGCGUCCAGGCUUCCAGCACUGCCAGAGGGAACGGCUGCCGGAGGGAGCUCGGCCGCACUGUGACUCCUUGCUCUGGGUUAGUUGGAUUUUUUUGCCUCCCUCCCCGUUUUCUUUUGCCAUAACAUGCACACGCUGCUGGUGACACCUAGAAUGACAGACUGGGGCUGAGUGAGCGUAGCUGGAGGAUUUCAUUUCUGCCUCAAGCCUGGCUGCUUUGAACAUCACAACUCCAUCUCAAGGGUGUCCUGUGCUCCUCUGGCACGGCUGGAAAUCUCUCCAUAGACCUGGUGAUGUUCUCAGUGUGUCACUGUGUGACAGUGGAUGUCCCAUCCUGUGGCACUGAUGGAGCCUGUCCUGGACAGUCAAGGCCUUAUUUUCUGGCUGUGCCUCGCAAUGGGCAGAGCAGGAUUUGGUUUUGUACAGCUGAGCUGCUCUGGCUCGCACUUAGAUCCAAGGCUUCAUUUUGUUGUCAUGAAGCCUAAUUAGUGAUUAUUUUUUUUAACAGUCCUGAAUGUGGGCAAGUUGUUAAAAUUUCUACCUUGUUUACUUUGAAAGUGAACUCAAUCAAAAAGUCUGAGAAGUGCCAAAGGAUUGCUUGAAGGUAAAAACAAAACCUGUAAAUGUGUGUAGUGACCUCCAGCUGGUUUGGGAUGGAGGCAACCCAAGCCUUGUAGGGAUGUUGUUUUGUGUAGAGUGAUGCACUUUGAUUUUUAACCGAAUACUAGUGAUUUAUUCUUUGCAUCUGUGAACCUUAAUCAAAGAAUUCUCUUCCUUUAACCUGCCGAGGUAGAGCUACCCUCAGUUGGUCUAGGUUUGGCCUCUGGCAGUCAAUGUGUGACAUGCCAGCUACUGAGGGGCUCUGCUGAAGUCGGCUGGGGUUCUUUUUCAGAAGCACAGUAUUUUGUAGCACUCUCCAGUGACAAGGGUCAGCUCCCUGCAGCCAGGUGGAAGAAAAACUGCUUGUCCUGGAAACCUUUGCAACCAAAGAAGUGACUUUAUAGAUACACUCAGAAAGGUUAUUGAGUGUUGGCCUCGGACGUGCCGUACCCUGGUACGUAGCUGGACUUGCUGGCUGUUGUCCAUGCUGAAGGGCUGUGAAUAUUUGCACAAGUGUAGCUUGGGACAGCAUUUGCAGUGAUACCAAAACCAGAGCCUGCCCUGCUCUUGAGGCUGCAGGGGCCUCAGGUGGUGCCCAGUGCCUCCCACCAGAUGGCCAGGUCAGAAACCUGUUCAAUUCAGCCUUGUGCGUACAAACCCUGGCUGUGUCUGUGUCUGUCUUGCUCUGCAGAGCUCUGUGGGCGUUUGUCUUAACUGAGAACCACCACUUGCAGGAUGGGAUCCCUCUGUGCCCUGGGCCACCACCCCUACCAAAAAGCCAUGGUUUGAGCUGCACGUUUUCAGAAAAAAAAUAGUGAGUAACCAUGCAGCCAAGGGCUGCUGGGGCUCAGGGGAUGCUGGUGCUCAAGCCCCUCCUGUGCCUCAUGCAGGCCAGUGUUCCCCCAGCCCAGGGUUCUCUGCCCACAGAGGUGGUCACUGUUGACUGAGAACGUGCCUUGCCCAUUAAAUGCCCAGUUUAGCCUGUCUUUUCUUCCAGUGGUGGCACCUGUGCCAGUCUGCAGUAUCACUGACCACUGCAGGGGCCCAAGGGCUUUGGCUGCGGGCUGUGCAGCCAUGGUAGCCUGCAGCUUGCCCAGGUACCCUGCUGACUGCUUGCCCAGCAGCCACCCCAGCCUCUGGAUGGCUCCUGCAGCCUUCUGUGGGACCGACUUCCAGGGCGGGAAUCCUCUCCUUGUGUUCCCCUCUGUCCUCGUACCUCUUUGUUGUUCCUUCUAAACUCCAAAUGGCAUUAUUUUAAAAGCCUAAUGUAAGGAGAAGCAGAUGGGCACAACCCAAAUGUGGAUACUCACACGGACUGCCUUUAUUUUGCAGCUCUGUAGAGUUGUGCUGUGCUGGUGCCUUGAGUCCUGCUUGCAGCUCUGGACCUCGUGUCUGCAGGAGGACAUAGCGGAGUUAGAGAAGGGCACUAAUGGGAGUUGGGAUGGAGCAGCAGCGUGCCAGGUGAGGCGGCUCCGUUUGGAGAGGGAAAGGCAGAGGUGAGGGAGGAUCCAGCCCUGCUGCGAGCAGGAGCUGGCAGCACAUGACCUCUAGAGGUCCCCUGCAGCCUAAAUUUGUGACUGUUCGGACGCUCCAUGGCUGUGCGCGCCGAGCUGCCGGUCACCAAAUCGUUCACAAAGUGGGUUCAAAACAUCAUAAAGCUAUAUGGAGCAGGUUUCUUACAGAGCAGGUACUAAACUUCCGGGGUUUUUUUUUGCCCCGGGUUGUUGAGGUGGCCGGUGUCAGCAGAAGGUUUUGCGGUUUGUUUGGGUUUUUUUAAGGGUAGAUGGAGGGAGAACGGGUCCAUAAGGAAAACAGUCCCGCCCGGUUGGUGGUGGAUACAGGGCGGAGGGAAGGGAGCAGAAGGCUCCGACGCUGUGAGCGGUGUCUGUGGAAGGAGGGGCGGAGCUGCCAGAGGCUGUGGCGGGGGCUUUCCCACACCCCAGAGCUGGGAGAAGGGGUGGAACGUGAGCUUCAGCUGCUUCCUGCAUGGCUGCUGCUCUUGGGGAGGAGGUGUCAGCGCUGGGAGGUUAUUUGUUACCAAAUGUCCCCCAGCGGAGCUGGGAAAGCCACUUCAUCCGCUCCCAGUUGAAAAGCUGUGCUUUGGCGUUAACCCUUGUGUGGCUGCGAAGCAUCCCUGCUCUUGCCUGCAGAGCAAAUCCUCCAGGGGCUCAGGGGAGCAGCACAGUGUGUGAGGGUGAGCUGGGAUUGCAGCUACACACUUGGGAACAGGCAGCAGUGCUCUGCACGAUGUGGCUGCUGUGCCUGGGGAGCUGCCUGGGCUCGGGGCACUGAGCAAACACUUGGGUUUGGGAAUGCAGUGGGUUUAUCCCAGUGCUCCUGUAGCAAAUGCUGGGCUCCUGGCCUGCACUGCUCUGGGCCCUCUGGAGCACAGAUCCUGUGUUGGCAUCUUGGGUAGGGCUGUGACAUGAAGCACUAGGGUGCUGUGAGGUUUGUGGGAAGGUCGCAUGAAUGUGAGGAGCCAAGGGCAUCAGGGAAUGUUUUGCUGUGGGAAACAGGGAGCCUUGGCAGUGGUCCAGCAUGGCCCUGUGUUCCAGCAGCGGGUGCAGAUAGAAGUCAGCCUGCUGCUGAAGGUGAUGGGGGCCAUGCAGGGUGGGCUGAAGGGGGCAGCUGCUGCACUUGCUCCAGGGAAGAGUAAAAACAACGGGAUGCUGUGGAGUGCCACAGCCAGAGAGGUGCCAAGCAUCCAGGGCCUAUGCCAGGACAACAGGACACUGCAGAGGUGGACGCCUGGACCAGGGAUAGGCUUUGUGCCUGAGCCUUGUUGUGUUGGAAGCACAAGGGAGCUGGGAUGGGCAGCAGCAAGGGAAUAAAACGUGUCUCUCUUUGCAGCCCACUGGGGCAUGCCUGUGUUUGGGACCGGGGAGCAGGAUAGCUGCCUCAGCAGCAGGGACACCGAGUCCUGCCUCUGGUGUUUGCUUCCCAGAGCUCACCAAGUCAGCAGUGGGCCUUGGCUGGCUCCAGGCAGCAUAAGGAAGCUGGGAAGGGUUUGGGGCAGUUUUGGGAGAGCCACAGUGAUACUGUGAAUUGGGUGCAUUUUGGAAGACAGGCUCCUGCUCCCACCCUCGUGCCAGCUCCUCUCCCUGUGUGCAUCUGUGAGUGCUCGUGUGCUGAUGCUGCAAGCGGGAAUGGGGGAAUAUGCCCUUAAACCUGAGGCAGAAAGAGCGUGGGGAUGGGGAGGAACGGGUGAACUGUAAUUGAAACUGUAAUUUCCCAGUAAUUGAACUGGGAAAUGUGUGUAACAUGCCAUGGGUGGAUGCAGAGUGCCCCAGAACUGACAGGGUGCUUUGCUUAGGAGUGUGCUAGUGACAACUUGAGCCUGCUCAGUAGCCUGGCUUUGGAAAACAGCUGUGGAAUGAGAAGGUCAGGGACUGAAAAUACUCUAAGGAUGGCAGGAAGGGCUGGAAGGGGAAGGAAGACGCACACCCUGCUGAGAAAUGUGGUCUUGAGGGGGAUUUUUUGAGCCAUGGCAGGAAGGAGCUGGAACUGAAGAGAAGGCCAUCGUGCUGGACUGCUGCAGUAAGGUGGUACCUUGGAGGCAGGGAGCAGGAGGGGCUUCAGGAUGGGCGGGUGGGGGGGACAUGGAGCACUGUCCUAGCCAGGCACUCAGCCUGGAGGGGCAGCAGCCUGGAGUGAGGAGCACCAGAGCCAGGGCCAAAGCUGGAACUGGUGGAGAGGCAGUGAGUGCACGCUGGGUGACUCCCUUGCCUGCCCAGCACCUCUCAUGUCACCUUUCCAGGGGUCUGGCAUAAAGCAGCUCCAUGACAGCCUCUGGGUAAAGCCAAGCCAGGUCUUGGGUGAAAAGCACGACACCAGACUGAGAAUCCAGGACAACUUUCUUUAUUGCUACCAGAAGGCUUUCACCAGUACAAUGGCUCUGGAUACGAUACCUUCCUCAGGGCUGUGGAGAGAGCUUACAGUCGGGACAGGGUGUUCUGAGAACAGGGUGUCACAUGGAGGAGACGCAGUAAAGGUCAGACUCUUGGUUAGAAGUUACAUGAACACAAAACUCCAGGGUCGGGGGUGUUCUGUUUUGGUUCUGUGCCUGAUGUUGACACACGUUCCAAACCUCAGGUGUCUGCAGCUGCCCAGCACCUCACCCAGCAGUGCUGGGAAAUGUGCAGGGAGAACCAGGCUCUGCACUAUUCAAAUGGAGAGAACCAAGCCUUGGUGAGAAUCCACACUGACUGCACACAGCAAGAAAAAACAAGGUUUCAGUUCUAGUGAUGAAAAACCCAGUAAUUGCUUUCUGUGCUGGGAGAGACAAACUAGGGUAACAGGGAGAAGUCUCUGUGCAGGGCACAGAGCACCUUCACA